AUGUCCGCCUCGAUGACAUUUUGCACAAACGACUUCCAGAGCCCGAAGAGAAGUGCCGUGCCCGCGAGUUCGGCGGUGGAUCGCAAGGAUGUGAUGCAGGCGAUGAUUGACUACUUCUCGAAAAGUCGGCCAGACAACAUGAAGGUCUCUGCCAAAUCGAUGAAGAGCUGCUCCAGCGAAGCUGAUUGCUCUGGCAACACUUGCAUGGGACCGAGCGACUGCAAGGAAAGCGCAGCAUCGCCUUGCCCCGUCGGCUUCGGAUGUGCCUGCGACACAUCGAAAAAUCAGGCUCUCUUCGCAGCGUCCUUGGGAGCCAGCCUGCUGUGUGAGGUGGUUCAGAACUCGAUCAUCCUCGGUCCUGGCUGGAUCGCCGGCUGCACAGCGCUCGCUGUUGGCUCUUUGGGAGGUUUGGCUCCAUUGUGCCCGGUGCUGAUGCCCAUGUUCUUUGCGGCGCUGGCACCCUUUGGAUCUGACGUGAUCCUGGCCUUCGUCUUCGCCUCCGUCGUAGGCGGCCUCAACACUUGCGGAUGUGUGCCUUUAAAGUGCGAGGCGAGCUCGCACUUCAGCAACAGUGUCUGCGCAUUGAAGCAUCCGCAAGCUGAAGACGACGAGGAGAUGCUGAAUCCGUACCACUUCGUGCCCCCGCCCAAGCAGAAGUGCGCUCCCAGCUUCAUUGGCUGCUCCAUGGACAGCUGCAACGCAUCCGACUUGUUUGAGAGCAAGGUGGGCUGGCAUGUGGAGACCCGGAAGCGGUACUUUCAUGACGUCGGCAUUUACAACUGCAAGGCUGGCAAGUUCAACGCCUCCGACACGGAGUUGGUAAAGUCCUUCGACUACCAGCAGUUCGCAGACGAGCAUCAGGUUCAAAAGUUCUGA